AUGGCUUCUUCAGAAAUCCUUUCCCAGACUCUCCUGUCCAUCACCAACACCAAGCUCGCUCAGCUUGACAAGCAGAAAGAUGCCUACAACAGCAGAAAGCGGGUCCUCAUCGACAGUGCCAAUGCCCACACAGAUAGCAACAAGCGUGCCCGUGAGCUCGUUGAGGGGUUCAAAGACCUACCAAGCAUGACAUCCUCGACCCUAAACCCCUCAAUGUCCCUGGAGAAUCUCAACCGUUUCAUCCAGCAGGCGGAACACGACCCAGCUGUCACCGACGCCUUCAUCCAAGAGUACGAGUCUCUGGUCCGCAACGAACUGCAAGUCCAAUCCAACCGGUACGAAUUCGCUUCACUGUACGGCAAGCUCGUCAAUGAGUGGAUAUCGGCGGGCAACGAUCAGGAGCAGGACCCCAAGGCUGCCUCCGUGUCCGUCGGCCGCGACGAAGCCCGAGUUCAGCGGGCGACAUGGGAAGAAUAUGUAUUCGCCCCCAAGGCCACCGACAAGGAUGCAAUAAAGGCGUAUUUGAGUACUGUCUUCGAGGCCGAAGACGAUGUCAAGGAUCAGAUCGGCGAGUUGAGGAAGGAACUCAAGCGAUUCCAGGACAACUGGUCGGCCAACCCCCAUUUCGAUGUCGACAGCCUCACUGCCACGAUCAACGGCAUGCUUCGCAGUGAUAUCUUGACGGAUGUGAAGAGAGCAACUCUGAAAGACUUUGUGGGGAAUGAUACUGUCCUGUCAGAGAUUGCCGACGUCUUGAACAUGCGCAUGGCCACCAGCAAGACUUGGUCGUGGGAGAGCGACUUGGUGAUCGAUCAGCGGCGGCAGCUCAACGGACGCUACCGGUUCUAUCCCGACGAGGAUCUCCUCCAAUCCAUUUUCCUCCACUACAUCGGCAUGCGCUGGGCUGUUGAAUUGCACAGCAAAUUCCGGGAACUCCUCAACGCGUGGAAGCCGAGCCUUGACCCCAUCAGCAGCCAAGUCAAGCGGCGCCUGCACUUCUUCCUGGACAUAACAGACGAACUUGAUGGCGGGGCGAUGCCGGGAACCAUGGGGGCAAUAAAGCGAGCCCAUUUCGAGGAUGAAGUAUUCCUCGAUCAGCUGCCAAAGUCCUUUGAGGAGCAGCGGGGAGCCUAUGGGUCCAAGGACGACGCUGAGACUGGAGAUACGAGGAAGAGCCACAUCGACGUUGUCCAGCACCUACUCCGUAUGAUCGAGGCAGACAUCCUUUUGCAGAACCAAUUCGAAAGGGACGUCACAGUCAUUCGUUCAGACUUCAAAUGGUUCGGCCCCAGCAUUCCCCAUUCUUCUAUCUCCGCUGUUCUCGAGUUCUUCGGCGUUGGUGCGGACUGGAUCGAGUUCUUCAUGAAGGUUCUCGAGGCUCCCUUGAGGUUCAAGCAAGACCCAGAAGAUGCUCCCAGUCGGAUUCGCAGACGGGGAACCCCUCUGAGCACUCCACUCGCGGAUGUGUUCGGCGAGUCGCUGCUGUUCUGCGUCGAUUUCGCGGUCAAUCAGAAGGCCAAUGGGACUCGUCUGUACAGAUUGCAUGACGACAUGUGGCUCUGGGGAAAUACCAAGGCUUGCGUGAAGGGCUGGGAGGUCUUGGGGGAGUGUGCGAGUGUUCUCGGCCUUGACUUCAACUUCGAAAAGACAGGAUCAGCUCUGAUUGUGGCCAUGGAAAGUGAUUUAGACUCUGAUCUCGGCACAGGUCUGCCAAAGGGCGAUGUCACUUGGGGAUUUUUGAAGCUCGAUCGACAUACCGGGCGUUUCGUCAUCGACCAAGGCGAAGUCGACAAGCAUAUCGAGGAACUCCGAGUCCAGCUGGAUGCUUGCAAGACUGUUUUCAACUGGAUCCAGGCUUGGAAUACGUACGGUGCACGGUUCUUCUCCAACUUCUUCGGCAAGCCCGCGAACUGUUCUGGCCGGCAACACAUCGACAGCAUGCUGGGAACCUUUCAGCGCAUCCAGCAGCAACUGUUCCCAGAUACCCCUGGCGGCGUCGGUGCAUACUUGAAGCAGAUGAUCGCAGAGCGCUUCGACAUCCCGUUGUCAGACAUUCCGGACGGCUACAUUUACUUUCCCGCUGAGUUUGGCGGCCUCGGCCUCAAGAACCCCUUCAUCGACCUCUGCCUCGUCCGGGACGCAGCGAAGGAAGAUCCGGAAGAGCUGGUCGAAUCCUUUUUCGAACAGGAGGCCAGGGACUACCGCAAGUUCAAGGCCAGGUUCGAGAACGGCACGAUGCGUUCGAGCAAGUCUAGGAGAUACAAUUUCCAAGACCUCGAGGACGAGCCUUUCAUGAGUCUUGAGGAGUUCCAGUCAUACCGUGAUUGGAUCGGUGAGUCACUGGGCUGCACUUUUCGGGUGUUGAUGCAGGAGCCCACGUCGAAGAGCCUAGCGCUGAAGGGUGCGGUCAAGGCGGUGCUCGAGCCAUACCAGUGGAGUGAAUUGUCCAGCUACGACCAGUGGGUCCUCCAGCUGUUCAGCAAGGACAUGAUCGCUCGCUUCGGUGGUCUGAAUGUGGUCGAGAAGGGGCUUCUCCCGAUGGGUUUGUUGGACAUGCUCCGCCAGAGUAAGUUCCAGUGGGUUGGCUGA